AUAAUUCACUGGCUGAAGUGUUCAUCGCCCAAAAACCAUCCGAUUCCCUCAAUUGUCCAGAACCAGAGACUCACACCCUCCCCCUUUUACCAUAUACUCACAAAGCCUCACAUCGCCAUUUCCCAUCGCCUCAUACUUCUCCCCACGCCGAAUCCGCUUCCCCUCUGACAAGCUGAAACAUCACCUGCACCUGCAUUUGAAACAAUUUUGACUGAUUGAAGCUAAUUUCCUCACCACACCCAGUUACAGCAGCUUCUUAGUUUGCAUUGAGCGCAAGGGGAAAUAAAGCAAAGAAUGCGAAAAACGACUGAAUGAGAGGUUCCGUGUUGCCUUCGGUCCAGAUGAAAAAGUCAUUAGCAUGGCGGCCGCAGCUGAUGAGAGAUAUCAUGAUCAUGUCUAAGUCAAGGCCGCGUCCAGCUUUGAGAAGACCAACAUGGAUUAUUGCAUUGGUUUUGUUCAUCUGUGUUUUUCUGAUCCUUGCAUACUUCUACCCUCCGAAAAACUCUGCCGCCUGCUAUCUGUUUUCUUCUAGUGGUUGCAGUAUGUUUGGAAGGACUCCUCCUGGCCCUGCAAGGGAGCUGACCGAUGAUGAGACUGCGUCCGAGGUUGUGGUUAGGGAAAUUCUCAAGACACCUCCUCUUCAAUCGAAGAACCCGAAAAUUGCUUUCAUGUUUUUAACCCCCGGAACUUUACCUUUCGAGGAGUUGUGGGAAAAUUUCUUCCAAGGCCACGAAGACAAAUUUACCGUCUAUGUACAUGCAUCAAAGCAAAAGCCAGUACAUGUGAGCCGGUAUUUUGCUGACAGAGACAUACAUAGUGAACAGAUGCCAUUAAUAAUAAAUUCUCAGGUCGUUUGGGGAAAAUUUUCGAUGGUUGAGGCAGAGAAGAGACUUUUGGCAAAUGCACUUUUAGACCCUGACAACCAACAUUUUGUUUUGCUGUCUGAUAGUUGCAUACCACUGCAUAACUUCGAUUAUGUAUAUAACUAUCUCAUGUACACCAACGUCAGCUUUAUCGAUUGUUUUGUGGAUCCUGGUCCACAUGGAACUGGCCGGUAUUCAGAACAUAUGUUGCCUGAAGUUGAAAAGAGGGAUUUCCGGAAGGGUUCACAGUGGUUCUCUAUGAAGCGGCUACACGCAAUUGUCAUGAUGGCAGACAGUCUAUACUAUACAAAGUUCAAGCUUUACUGCAGGCCAAACAUGGACGGGCGUAACUGCUAUUCGGAUGAGCAUUACCUGCCAACCUUCUUUAAUAUGAAAGAUCCUGGUGGACUCGCGAACUGGUCUGUAACAUAUGUCGAUUGGUCUGAAGGGAAGUGGCAUCCAAGAGCGUUCAGAACUCAGGAUGUUACUUAUGACCUCCUUAGGAACAUCACGUCCAUUGCUGAAAGCACGCAUAUUACAAGCGAAGACAAGAAGCAAAUGCUGACCACACCGUGCUUGUGGAACGGGAUGAAGCGACCGUGUUUUCUAUUUGCCCGAAAGUUUUAUCCAGAAACACUGGGGAAACUGGUUCAGCUUUUCUCCAAUUACACAAAAGUCUAAUCCUUUUUCUUUGUUUUUUGGUCAUUCAGUUGCUUCCUCAAGAGCUCCAAGUUCUGGUAUAUAUCUCUCUUGAUUAUACAUUGCCAUGUUUUGAGAUAUAUGGCUUAGGUUGGUGGGUUGAUAGGUUGAUAGGCUGCUGGCCGUUGUUCUUGUAGAUUGUUUUUUUGCCUUUCUUUUUGUUAUUUAUGUAUUUUAAAUUACUGAAUUUCGAAUGAGCCAUCCAUUCAAUUUCAGGUUUUUUGACUUUCUGUAAAGAAAAAAUGAAUGGAAAUUUGGAAUGAUUGACAUCCAAAACCAAA